AUCUAUGCGCAGUGUCUGAACACACACACAUACACUUAUACACGAACAAUAUGCGUCCACUGGCAUAGUGCAUUGCUUGUUCAAUGACUCGAGAUGCGGAGCACUUUCAGAUAGUGUUCCUGAGUGGAAAUCAAUACAAUGCCUUUAGGAGAGGAUGAAAAUGGAUGGAAAAAGAAGACAACUGAUAUCAAGGAAAAUUAUGAUUUCAAGGAGGUCUUGGGGACGGGGGCGUUCUCUGAGGUGUUCCUGGCUGAGGAGAAGCAGACCCAGCGACUCGUAGCCAUCAAAUGCAUCCCUAAGAAAGCAUUGGAGGGCAAGGAAAACAGCAUUGAGAAUGAGAUUGCUGUGCUACACAGAAUAAAACAUGAGAAUAUUGUUUCACUGGAAGACAUCUUCGAAAGUCAGUCGCAUUUGUAUUUGGUCAUGCAGCUCGUAUCGGGUGGAGAGCUCUUUGACAGGAUUGUAGAAAAGGGCUUCUACACCGAGAGAGAUGCCAGCAAACUCAUUCGGCAGAUUUUAGAUGCGGUGAAGUAUCUGCAUGAUAUGGGCAUUGUGCACAGAGACCUGAAGCCAGAGAAUCUGUUGUAUUACAGUAUGGAGGAGGACUCCAAUAUCAUGAUCAGUGACUUUGGCCUGUCUAAGAUCGAGGACUCAGGAAGUGUGAUGUCAACUGCCUGUGGAACACCUGGAUACGUAGCUCCAGAGGUCUUGGCACAAAAACCAUACAGUAAAGCUGUAGACUGUUGGUCCAUAGGAGUGAUUUCUUAUAUUCUCUUAUGUGGCUACCCUCCGUUUUACGAUGAAAAUGAUGCCAAGCUGUUCGAGCAGAUUCUCAAAGCAGAGUAUGAGUUUGACUCUCCAUACUGGGACGACAUCUCUGACUCAGCCAAGGAUUUCAUCAGUCACUUGAUGGAGAAAGAGCCGUCUCUGAGAUACAUGUGUGAGCAGGCUUUACAGCACCCAUGGAUUUCUGGAGACACGGCUCUCGACAGGAACAUUCAUGAGUCUGUCAGCGCUCAGAUCAAGAAGAACUUUGCUAAAAGUAAAUGGAAGCAAGCAUUCAAUGCGACAGCAGUGGUCAGACACAUGCGGAGACUGCAGCUGAGCACCAGCCUAGAGGGGCCGAGCCAUAUCACCACCACCAGCCCCUACCACAGACACUUGCUCCUGCCUGCCAAAGAGCUCGACCAGGAGGAGGAUGAGGACGAGGAGGAAGAUGAGAACAGUUCCCCGAGUGGGGACGGCCGUCGAGGCAGUGCCGAUCGGGACAGUCUCAGAAGCUGUGCUUACUGCUGCCGACCAACCAGCAGGAUCUGAAGCAGAACCUAGAGGAACCCACACAUGCACAUCCACCGCACCAGUCUGACCCGGAACACAGAGCUUUCCUGGUAGCAUGCACUAGAUGGACCUAGUGCUGCUGGUGGGACGUGAGAGGAGAGCAUCAUUGUUCCAGACAUUCAGACUUGGGUAUUUCAUUGACACAUAUGUAACUUCUCUAUCAUUUUAUUUUGUCCGAUUAAUAUUUCUGUACCCCAACCAAAGACAACAUGUUUAAUUUGUGCUUUUAUGUAAGGUUUAUUUAAUUAUUAUUUUUUUAAAGAAAAUGUUCAGGUCUGUACCCCGUAGCAAUUUGGACUUUCUUGAAAAGCCAUUAGUUAAUGUCUUAAUAAAUAUUAAUGUCUUAAGCCCCACUUGCUCAGGCAAUAAAUUUAUGAGGAAACAAGAUAGUUAUAUCUUUAAGACAUUUUCACGCCUUAAUCCAUUGUGGUUUUGUUUUGUAAGGUAUGUUGGGUAGAAUUGUCCAUGUUGUUGAUUUUGUGAUCUGGUUCAGACUGGUAUAAAACUGCCGAAGUGAGCUUACUGAAGUCAGAGCAGGAAUAUUUCCAAGCUGUUACGGAGAUCACAUGAUCUUGUUGUUCAUAUGAAGCAUGUGGACAGAACGGGUUAAUUGUGAAGAGAUUUGAGCCACAAUCCAAUGCUUUUCUUUUUUUUUUUGCACCCAGAUUAAAUGCAAAAUCAAACAUAGAUAAUCUCCGUUUUCAAUAAAGAUUUC